AUGGUAUACUUGGAUGCUACUUUCAUUACUGGUAGAUUCAGAGGUUGCUUGAUGGCAGCUACUGGUAUCAAUGGUGGUAAAGGAUUUUUCCUACUUGCUGUGGCACUAGUCGAUUCUGAGAAUGUCAACAACUGGGAGUGCUAUUGCUACUAUCACCUGAAGACUAAUCUGCCCAUAAGUGGCUCAGAUCCUAGGUACACGCUUGUGCUAGACCUUUUCCAAGAAGCGACAUACGCACCCUCACCUGAAAACCAUGCUAAGGACAUACAUAAAAUUAGAUAUUUGAAUUGUAAUUGGGUGGAUGAUUACAUCGAGACCAUCCCACCUGAAUCAUAUGUCAAUGCCUAUUUCAAAGGUUGUCGGUAUGGACGCACAUCUAGUACACUAGCAGAAGUGCUCAAUAACUGGGUUCUGGUUCACAAGAAGAUGCCUGCAUCUGCUCUUCUUGAUCAGAUUAGGAGGAAAAUAAUGGUAAUGAUGGCAGACCGUCGUGAAAUUUGCGCUAAUAUGAUGACUCCAUUAACCCCAGAGUAUGAGGAGAAGCUUGAGGCUCUUCAAGAUGAAGGUUUGUCUUGGGAAUUAUUGGUGGCUAGUGCUACCGUGUUCGAAGUUUUUAGCGAAAGCACUCACAUGAUGGACCUCGAACACCAAACUUGCACCUGUCAAAGGUGGCGUGUAUACGGUUUCCCUUGUGCUCAUGCUCUUGCAGCCAUACGGAAGAUUAAACAUGAAGCUAUUGAUUUCAUUUCACCUUAUUUUACGAGCGACUAUUUUAGGAAGACUUAUUUGCAUGCCAUCCAGCCAAUUCCCAACUACAAUAGGCAUGUUGAAAUUAAAGAAGACGACACCAUCAACCCGCCUAUCGUAAAGAAGCAACCAGGUAGACCCCCAGGAAAAAGGAUUCUAAGUGAAGGUGAGAAGAAGGUAAAGAAGAAAGUUCAUUGCAACAACUGCAAGGAAGCAGGUCACAACAGGGAAGGUUGCAAGAAUCCUCCGAAGUACACACCCCCUAGCUUUAAGCUGAAGAAGUUCAUUUCUGCAAGUAUUUAUUUUAUGUGUAGUUUCUUAUUUGUCUUGGAUUAUUUGCUUUUUUAG